UUUGCAAACUCGGCAAUCUCUCGCUUCAGCGCAGCGUUUUGUUCCACAGUUUCGUUGAGAGACUUGUUCAUUUUCGCGAGACGAUCAGUCAGUUCGGCAUUGUUAACUUUCAUUGCUUCCAGAUUAGAAAUGGCCUUCGAUGCUGCUGCUGCAUCCGCUGCAGAUUUAGAGAGAGCUGAUUUGAGUGUGUCAUUUUCAACGCAUACGUUAUUCAGCUGCAUUAUCUGUCGUUUCGCGGCCGCUUCGGAAACGGAGAGUGCUUGAAGUUUGGAAGUCAACUCAGAAAUGACACGGCUUGGCAUUAGUAUCGUGAAAGUAGGAUGCAAGAUAGCUGAUAUACUCGGGUUCGAUUUCUUCAAGCGAUGCAAUACGCGUAAGUACUUUGUUUGAAUCCAGGUCAUUGAUAUUGACUAUAGCGAUUUUCUUCUUGGGUUUCCUUUCUUUCUCAGACUUGGAAUUAGUUGAAGAAUGUUGCUCACCCGUAGAUUCCUCGUGGGCAAGCUAAACUUGGUAACCUUUGAAUACGAGGAAAUCAAGUUAAAAGUAUGUCAUAUCUACCUCAGAAACGAACUGUUGACUGAUAGUUGCUUCUUCUUCUUUUUUCGCCUUGGUUUUCUUUUUCUUUUUUCCUGA